CUUCGUCCAAUGAGAACAAAGCGAGGAUUGAGCGCUUUUGACAAGUCGGGGAGACGCUGGGCACUCCUACUGUUUUGGUUUCGAUUCAGGUUUUGCUGAGUUUGGCUUUGGCGUAUUAUCUAAUAAUAUUUUGUUUUUGUCAGGGGGGUUGUAAAUAGUCAGCAGGAGUUUUAUGUCCGUGAAUAGUCAGUUAGUCCGGACAGAAUUUCAGGAGUGCUCUUUGUUUACAGUAUGUCAGAGGAAGAGAAUGCAGAUGGAGUAGCAUUGGAAGUUUAUAAUAUUCCUGAUGACGUGCAUGAUGAUCUUCUGGUCCUAUAUUUUGAAAAUAAGCGUCGUUCAAGUGGAGGCAGGCUGACGUCAUUACAACGACAUGGUAACAGUGCUAUCUUGAUAUAUGAAAACCCUGAAGAUGCUAAGCGGGUUCUGUCAAAGGGAGAGCAUGUCCUCCAGGGGGUUACAAUGCAGGUACGAAAGGCACCCCCAAAAGACCCAGGGAAGGUGGUUCUGCGAGGGCUUAAUCCUGAUACUGCCAGGGACAUACUGGAACUAUAUGUGGAAUUUUUAAGUGGAGCUGAUUGUGGCCAGUAUUCAGUCUUCUACAGCAGCACAAGAGAGACUGCACUAAUCCAGUUCCAGCAGCCACUUACCCAGGAAGAGUUUAAACAAAUGGUGAUAAAGUCUGAGAGACGUCCGUUGGAAGGUGUGCCCAUCCAUGUGGAGCAUGUUCGAGUAACUGACAGUAUUGUAGUAGAAAACCUUCUCUCUGCCACUAAUCUGGACUUGCUGCUGUUGUAUUUCGAGAGUAAACGGAGUAAUGGAGGAACUGUGCGAGAUGUCAAGAUGCUUCCAGGUGGUAAAGCCAUUGUCGCAUUUGCAGAAUUUGAAGCUGCAGACCGUGUUCUUAAAAAGCCACACCAGCUAGAAGGAAGGGACCUACUAGUUCAUCCGUACUAUGACUUCCUUGAACCUUCCACCGUGGCAGUAGAGGCUGUCAAAUGUGAAGAGAUGGAUACAGAAGGUGCUGAGGUGCCUCCAUGCACUGUAACUAUCCAUGAUACAGUGAAGAUGAAACUCCUUCAGACCAGUUCACUACUAAAAGAGCUGCAGGAAAGUUACCCUCAACUCUUGAUUCAGCCUAGUGAGAGUAGAAUAAAGAUCUGUGGCCCUAACCUACUUCAGAAUGAGCAGGCCAAAAACAAGAUCUUGGAGUUCUUAAGUAAUGUGACUCAAUCUCACAUUCCUUUUGAUACAGAUACCUUGACAUUCCUCCAGAGGGUUGAUGUUCAGCAGUAUGUGGAAAAUGUUUUUGUUCAGAAGAGACUUGCGGUUAGCUGCAGUGUGUCUGACUAUGUGUUGACUCUAAAUGCACUCUCACUAGAUGCAGUCAGGGAAGCCUCAUCAUUACUAAAAGGGAUGUUGUGCAGGUUUUCCUUCACUAUAUCUGACGACCAGCUGUACAUUCUAAACUCUUCUGAAUGGAAAGAACUGAUGUCAUCUCUUAAGUUUUGUGCUACUGCCAUUUCUCAGGCUGAUGGCCAGCUGCACGUGAUUAUGCUGAAGGAUUUCAGAGUGGAGAAUGAAAAGAGGCUUCUAGAUUUUUUGCAAACCAACACACCUCGGGAGUCUGUGAUCACCAUGGAGGCAGGCAUGUUGUGCUUUCUGCAGGAGUACUACCAUGAUGUUCUGGCUGACCUUGGGCAGGUUUCUGUGCUUCCUCUGGAAGGCAAGGAUGUAACUGGGUUUAAGAUCAGUGGGGAUGCUGCUUCCUGCCAGGCAGCCGAAGAGUUCCUUCGCAGUAUAAUUGAGAGCAUCCAUUCAAAAUCCUUGAUCCUUGAUUAUCCAGGUGUUGCACGUUUUUUGCUGGAUGAACGUGGAAGAGAAAUUUUGAAGGAAAUACAGACUACAUUCCAGUGUGUUAUUAUGUUGGAGAAAGCUCAGUGGACACCACUGGAUACUGAGGUCUCUUUGGAUGAGUUUGAUAACCAGAACAGCCUCAACUUUGAAAGAAAACUCUGUAGAAAAAAUGAGAAUAUCUUCCAGAGUGUACAGCCAUCAUGUGAUGUCAAUGCCAACCAGGUCAACCUUCCAGACAUAGAGCAGAUCAAAGACAUAAUUGCUGUCAUUCAUGAAAACAAUAAAAAGGAAUCUGAUGAAAAUUCCGAAACAUCUAAUUUAAACAGCAUAGGGAUAUCUGGAAGGUCUGAAGGGCUGGUGCUUGGAGAAACAGCUGAUAACCAGGAACUGGACAGUGAUGAAGAAAAUUUGUAUACAGCUCCAGAUGGUGGUGGUGCAUCUGAAGUUAUUGUUAUAGACGAUGAUGAAGAUGAUGUGGAAAAAAGGUGCAGUAAUGAAGUGAAAUCACAAAAAGAGAACUCUGACGCUAGCAAAAGGGAAGAGGCUAGCAUUGAGUUAGGAGAUGAGGAGUCGCUGCUGAAAUAUGCAAAAAAGCUUUCUCUUCAGUCAUUGUCUGAAAGGGACAUGGAUGAGGAAGCCCAAAUGUAUCUAGCAAUUCAGUGCUCCAUGGACUUCAAGCAUCAGUAUCUUAAUGAGGAAGAGGAUCUCCAGAAAAUUCUUGAACUUUCCCGUAAAACUGCUGAGGAAGAUCUAGAGAAGAAGCUGUCCAGUGUUUGCCAAAGGUCUGCUUUAGAAAUGACUGAGAGUGACUUUCAGACCGCCAUGGAAGUUUCUAUUCAAGAUACAAUUCAGGCAUGUAACUCAGUGCGGCUAACUAUCUAUGUUGCAUCCCAGUUGGAUGGUGAUAGAAUAGCUUGUCAUUUAGAGAAGGAAGUUCACAGCAAACUCCAUGAGGAGAAGAUAGAGAAUGAAUGCUUACAGGACCUCAGUGAAUGUUACAGAAGUUACAUUGACCAUCUUCAGAGGAAGCAUGCUGUCAGAAUUUCUGUUGAAGACUGUAUUGUGACUGUCUGUGGUUUUAUGGAGUACACUAUCUAUGCAAUUGGGGAUGUGACAAAGCUCAUAAAUAGAAUUUUGCAGGGUGAAAAACUAAAGGUAGAAGAGGCUGACAUUUCAAAAAAAAUUCAGUGGGUUUAUUAUGAUCACAAGGACCAGCCUGUAGCAUACCCUGUAAAAGGUAAUGUAGCUGUAGAACGUGCCUGGAGAAAAAAACAGAAAAGCAUUGAUGUUAUAUUUGACAACAAACCUUUCACCAUAGAUUUUGAAAGAAUGGAAGAAUACAACAUUGGGACAGCACAAUCUGUAAAAAUUGAAAGGAGACCAGCUAAGGCUUUCGAGAAUGCCACUUCAGGUUCUUAAUUUAUGCUGUGUAUUACUCAGAAUUCAGCUUAUCAGAAGAUGGUCAGAAACGCUCAGCAUACCACAUUGCUAGAGAUUAUUUGAAUACCCAUAAUGCACUGCUUC